GACGACUCGAGAGAAAGACAAUGUAAUGGUCAGAGCUGAUGACGAUUCAACUGUAAUACAUCAGUCGUUUGUUCCAUUACAAAAGAAGAGAGCCACACCAGUAUGUCGUCGAGUGCUUUUAACUUAUCAACACGUUUCUAGAUGACUCAUAACUGGAGCAUUAGCUCUUGGCUCACCUAGUCUGUGUAUUAUCAGGCUUAAAACAAUGAAAGUGAAGAAAACGAGAAAGUAAGCGUAUGCGUGUGGCACAUGACUUGCUCUGUUGAGUUACGGCAAGCAAGGCAAUUAGGGAUGGCGGAGGAUCCCCAUAAACUUGCAGUGAUGAUGAAUAAGUCUCAGAGACUUGUCCUGGGACUUGCUGUCUUACUGUUAGUCGAUAUCAUUUGGGUUUCCAGCUCCGAGCUUACAAAGUAUAUUUAUAAAGAAGUAGCUUUCGACAAACCAUUCUUUAGCACUUACAUCAAAACUUCAAUGUUUACGCUGUACUUGCUUGGUUUGUGUUUUUGGCCACCAUGGCGAGAUCAGUGCAAUAAGCCAGCAACUUAUAUGUUUAUAGACCCUAAUGUUGAGGAUGAGAAUUUUUAUUCAGAAGCGAGUACAAGUUUGAGUGACCCUACAUUUGUACCAAUUAAAACUUCUGAACAAUGCGAGAGAUCUUCUGGUACUGAAAGCGAUGAUUCGUCUAUUAGAUCAGUAAGAUUCAGUAAAUUAGCAGAAGUUCGACAUAUGUCAGAGAGUGAUGCAACUGAAGCUCUUCUAGCAAGAUUAAGUUAUCAAGCAAGUGUUAGAGCAGGCGAACAUGCUAGAAAACAAGCUAAUAAAUUUCCUGUCCACAAAGUUGCUAAGAUUGCACUUUCUUUUUGUUUCCCGUGGUUUAUAGCCAAUUAUUCUUAUCAAAUGUCUUUGUCACAAACAGAGGCAGGAAUUGUUACUGUAUUAUCUUCUACAUCUAGUUUGUUUACUUUAUUCCUUGCUGCAUUUUUUCCAAGCAAUAAUGGAGAUAAAUUUACAUUGUCUAAAUUAGUUGCUGUCACAAUAAGUUUCUUGGGUCUUGUCUUAGUUGGGUUUUCAGACUUAGCUAUAGAAGUCAAUCGUGUACCUACUGGUAUAAUAUUAGCUCUAGUCAGUGCAUUCUUUUAUGCUACUUACAUUGUAUUCUUGAGAAAAAAGGUCGAUCACGAGGACAAAAUGGAUAUACCAAUGUUUUUCGGCUUCGUCGGCCUCUUCAAUUUGACGCUUUUGUGGCCUUUAUUUUUUAUACUGCAUUAUGGCAAAUGGGAAAUAUUUGAAUGGCCCAAUCCACAACAGUGGACAUUUUUAAUAAUUAAUGGGCUGAUAGGAACUGUUUUGAGCGAAGUUCUAUGGCUAUGGGGAUGUUUCUUAACUUCGUCACUUAUUGCAACAUUGGCAAUUAGUCUGACCAUGCCAAUAUCUAUGAUAAUUGAUGUGUUAUUAAAAAAAGUGGAGUACCCUUGUAUUUUCUAUUUAGGAACCAUUCCUAUGAUCUUGGCAUUUUUAACAGUAUCUCUACUGUCACACUUUGAUAAUUGGGAUCCUGCUCUAAAUUUGAUGAAAAAAUUAUAUAAAUGGACUUGUCGUAGAAGCAGAGCUCUAAGGAUACCCGACCUAGAGGUAGAACAAACAGAGUCUCUUAUUGGUAUAAAUAGCGGAGAUCACGAAGCGUAACUCGACAAUAAAUGUAGAAGUUACGUGAUACUUGAGUUUCUAAUAUUGAAACGGAUAAGCGCAUAUUUAACGCUGAGUUGUAAAGAAAAAAGCACAAUUAACAUGCUUGUUUUUGAAAUGCUGAGUAAUAACAAAAGUAAGUGCCAUAAGCAUGCUUAAAUUAGCUCAAAGUACAUAUUUUCAAUGUUAAGUUAUAUAUUCGUAAACAUAUUAAGUGAUCCGAGAGAGUUUUAUUCGAGUUGAAUAGUUGCAAGGUUACUUUUAAAUAAAACUUAUCAAAAGUUAUUAUAAAGAUAAAAUUUUUUUGUAAUUAAAUAAGGAUUCCAUUACUAUUUAAUACGUUUACUAUUUUUAGGACAAAGCACGCAUAACGUGUUGACGUAAAUUAUACUGUACUUUUUUUCUCUUUCAUAAGUAUUAUUAAAGUUCAAAAAUAGUAUUGUCAAAAUUUAAAUCUAUCGUAAGUCGCUUCUUCAGAUGCUUAAAGAAAAAAUAGAAUAAAUAAAAUCUAUUUAUCCUUAAACCAAGUAUCAUGUAAAACAAUUAUAAUAGAAAGCCCAUGUGAUAAUACACUGACUGUACAGGCUGUUGAAUUUUUAAUUUGAGUUUAGUAGCUUUGUUUAUACGUGAACAUUUCUAUUCACUGUUAUUAAAGAGAUAUAUAAAAAAUCAAGAAGUAAAACUAACUUACCAGUAUGAACUGAUGAAAGAACUUAAUCAAUCGUUCUGUGACGAUUUUUUCAGAAUCACAGAAUCGCUAUACAUUUGAGAGUAAAAGUUUUAUAUUAUUAUUAUUAUUGAAGUUCAUAAACAAAAAAUCGAAUUUAACCUUUCUGCGUAUGCGUUUUUAUAUUAUAUAACGUGCAUUUUAUGCUUUCAUACAAAUUUUGUAUUAGUUUAGCGCAAAAACCUUCAACAUAUUAUAUCGCAUAUAUGAUAAUUACGUAAAAGUAUCUUCAUUUACUUUAGAAGUUUUUCACAUACAAUAUUAUUCAGAAUUUAUAAUUGAUACUAAUAUACCCAUUUCAAAAUCCGUAUUAUGAUUAGACAUAUUAGCAAUCAACUCAACAUUCAUCGUCUAUGUGUUUAACCUUUUGAUAAUCAUUAUUUCUUCUAUAAACCAAUAAUUUUAUGAAGUAUUCGAAAUUUAUUAAAGAAAAUCUUGUUAUAAAAAAAAUGGCAUCAGUAAGAUAAUUUUUAAAAACUAUACAAGUUUCAAAUAAAAAAUCAUCUACAAUAAUCAUGGCAUAUUGGACCAACUGACAUUUGGCGUGCUGAAAAGGUAUUAGUGGUAGCCAAAAAAAAUAUAAUGAUAAUUUUAUUUAAUGUUGUUUUAGUCUAGUCAAAUGAAAAAAAAAAUGUUAGUUACUUUCUGACUAAAUCUAGCUUAAAUCCAUUUGUAGAUACAAACAAGAGAAUCGAAAGCACAAUUAACGUUUAGUUGUGGAAAAAUUUCAAGUAAGCAAUAUUUGAAAAAGUAAGCCGUAGUUUUGUAAUAAAGCAAACUCGAAUCAAAAGAAAUUGGUAAAAUCAUGAUGUAACGCACAGAGCAGAAAAUUUGAAAAACGUUGUGGUAAUAUAACGAGAGACUAACGUUUUCGGAUUAUUCUCUUUUUUCGAAAUAAUAUAAAUGGAAAUCGUAGGCGAGAUUUUUUUGUAAUUCCAAAAGUUAGCUUGAUAAUGUGAUAACGGAACGUUUUUUCGGAGUGUGACAAAUUGUUAUAAUUACUCAACGUGAUAAGCGAUUUUGUCAUAAGCCCUAGCUAACUGUUCCUAUGUGUAUUAUUAUUAUAUGUAUUGUAUAUUUCAUGUACAUAUUAAAUAAAAAUAUAUUGUACAACCAUUAUAAAAGAAAAAUAUCGUAAAAAGCGUCGAUAAAUGAUUAAUAAA